AAGAACUUCCGGGGCCCGGCCGCUUUCUUCCCCCUGCCGCCCACCUCCCGGCAGCUGCUCUACCAGCUGGACAUUGCCCAACUCACCAUCCUGGGCCUCUGCACCAUCAUGACACUGCUGUCAGUCGCAAUCUUCGUGGAAGAGGCUUUCUACCUCACCCACAAGAUCCGCUGCCCCAUCAAGAUGAAGACUCUCCGCUGGAGCAGCUCAGCCCCUACAGUAGUGUCUGUGGUCAGCUGCUUCGGACUGUGGUUCCCACGCUCCAUGAUGGUGGUGGAGAUGGCUACCACAGCGUACUUCGCUGUCUGCUUCUACCUCCUGAUGUUGGUCAUGGUGGAGGGGUUUGGAGGGAAGGAGGCAGUGCUCAGCACCCUGAAGGAUGUGCCCAUGGUGGUCAGCACUGGGCCCUGCUGCUGCUGCUGCCCCUGUCUGCCCCGGAUCACCAUGAGCAGGAAAAAGCUUAAACUCAUGAUGCUGGGGACUUUCCAGUAUGCCUUCUGCAGGGCAGUUGCUGUCUUCCUGGGGCUCGUCCUGGCUGCUGAUGGGAAUUACAACCCUGCUGACAUUUCAGCAGAGAGCGUGGCUCUCUGGAUCAACACCUUGGUUGGUGCCUCCACCCUCUUUGGGCUUUGGGCCCUGGGCAUCCUCUUCCGGCAGGCCCGGCUGCACCUGACUGAGCAGAACAUCAGGGCCAAGUUCACCUGCUUCCAGGUCCUCCUCCUCCUGACGGCGCUGCAGCCUGCCAUCUUCAGCAUCCUGGCCAACAACGGCAACAUCGCCUGCUCGCCACCCUUCUCCUCCAAGGCCAGGUCGCAGCAGAUGAACAUGCAGCUGUUGAUCCCGCAGACCUUCAUCUUGGUAGUGCUGACGCGGAUCUACUACCGCAAGGCGGAUGACAAGCCGGGCUACCAGCCCGUCAGUUUUGCACCCACAGGCACCGACAUCAAGGCGUGA